AUGUCUAAUUAACCAUUUCAAGUAUAUUUGAGAAUCAAACCUUUAUUAGAGAGCAGGUAAAAAGUGCAUGCUUAUUCAUUUAGUACAGAAACUUUAAUUGAAGAUUUGAAUGACAAUAGAAUUGUAAUAAGAAAAGAUGGUAAAAGUAGUAAAUCCUUUGUAUUCGACAAGAUAUUCAGUGGUGUUCAAAAUAAUGAGGAUAUUUUUGAUCAAUCAUUAAGACAUAAUCUGGAUCACUUUGUUGAAGGUUACAACACAACAAUUUUAGCAUACGGAAUUACUGGUUCAGGUAAAUCUCACACUAUUUUCGGAAACGAAAAAGACGAAGGAUUGUCAUUUAAAUGCAUAAACUAUUUGGUGAACAGAAUGAAGUACAUGAGUCCAGAAGCUAAUGUCUCAAUGGAAAUGAGUUUUAUCGAAGUCUACAAUGAAACUAUUCGAGAUUUGAUGUCAGACUAGCCAAAACCUCUCAUGAUUAUGCAAGACAAUCAAAAGGGGUCCUAUAUUCAAGGCCUAUAAACAAUUAAAAUUAACAGCAUAAAUGAUGUAUUGUAUUGUAUAAACAUCGCCAAUUAAAAUCGGAGUUUAGCCUAAACCAUAUACAAUGUGUAUUCGUCAAGAUCACAUGCAUUAAUAUAAUUUAACUUAUCUUAUUGUUUUGAAGGAUAAACCAUUACACCAAAACUCUUUAUAGUUGAUCUAGCUGGAUCGGAACGUGUCUAUUAGGAUCAAAAGAGUAAGAAUCAAUAGGAGGGUUCAAAUAUCAAUAGAUCACUUUUAGCCUUGAGCAAUUGUUUGACUAUCUUGUCUGACAAAUCAAAGAAAAAUCAGCAUAUUCCAUAUAGAAACUCAAAAUUAACCAGAUUGCUACAGGAUUCUUUGGGUGGAAAUACUAGAACUAUAAUGAUCUCUUGCAUAUAGUAAAAUAAAUGUCAAUAUGAUGAAAUAUUAAACACUCUUUAAUAUAGUAGCAGAGCCACUCAAAUAAAGAAGUAAGUGUAAAAAUCUUUGCAUCAAUAAAUAAGUGAGGAAAAGAUCAUGAUUCCUUCAAAUAUCAACGAUUCUGAGAUGAGUACUAAACAGUUGUAUUUAACUAAAAUCUACAAUGACAUUUACAGUAAUAUUGAAGAGUAUCACGAAAUUAAUAAUUCGCUUAUUGAAAUACAAAACAAUAUUCUUUAGAAUCAGUAUCAAAUAGAGGAAAUCUAUUCUAUGAGUUUGUAAAAUAAUCUAAAUUCAAUAAAUGACGAUUAAAUGUAUCAUAAUCUAAUGAUUGCUCAAAAAUAAAAUCAGGAAAUCGAAUAAUAAUUACAAAAUGCGUUAAAAGUCAAUUUAAAAUAAAAGCAACUUCAGAAAUCCCUAUUGCUUCAAAUAACAGAGGAAUAAUAAUAAUACAUAGAUUAUUGGAAAAUCAAGUAUGAGGAAUCACAAAAAGAAAUAUCUGACUUGAAAUAAGUUCUAUGCACAAAAAAUGAGGAUAUAAAUUCAAAGGAAUCCUAAAUAUAAUCUUAGUAAUUAUUGUUAGAAUAAAUAAAGACUAAAAAUCCAUCCUUAUAUACAACUAAUAAUGACUCUGACUGCUCAUAUCCUUCAUCAUUUGCCUCAUCUACAAGUACUUCGUAAAUCAAAAAGAAAUCAUCGUUAACUCAUCUAAACAUUCAAAACACUUUAUCCUAAUAAUCCUAAUUAUUUGACAUGAUCGAUCGACCAAGAUUUUCAAACUUAUCUCAUAUAAAGUAAAUACUGGCAUCUAGAGAACGUUCUCCAGUAAAUUCAAUAUUCAGAUAAUCUCCAAUCAGAUCCCCUUUAAGAAAAAAACCAUCAAUUCGAAAUAUUACCUCUAUAUCGAAAGUAGAACAAUCAGAGAUCUCUUAGAUUUCCUCAAUAAAAAAAUCCAGACUUAUUAAUGAUCCAUAAAUAACAACUAUCAACCUAUACGGAAGUCAGUACAUAAACUUGAUAGACAAAGAAAAUAUUUCAUGAUAUUAUUAUUUUAUAACUUAAA